UUUCCUUGUUCCAAUGAGCAAACAGAAUCCAACCCAUCAAAAACUCAGAAGCUUUUUGAUCUUCAAAAACCCCAUCAAACUCCAAUCUUCAUAAAACCCAUUCUUCAAACUCAGCCUGAGAACCCAUCAGCAAGAACCAUUCUUUUUCAAGAAACCAAUCUCAGCACUCAUUUCUUGGCAAAACCCAGGUUCUUGUUUCUUUUAAGAUGAAGAAAUCUGAUCCAACUCCUCCUCCUUCUUCUUCUUCUUCUUAUUGUUCUUCUUCUUCUUCUUCUUCUUCAUCAAAACCAUCCUCUGUCCUGCAUCACUUGACCCCAAACCUCACAGAUCAUUAUACACUUGGUGAGGAAAUUGGCCGGGGUUCAAAUGGCACUACUUACAUCUGCAUUGACAAAUCAAACAGUAAACGAUAUGCUUGCAAGUCAAUCCUGAAGAGCACGCUCAGUUCCAAAAAAUAUUUUGAUCAUGUUCUGAGAGAGAUAGAGAUAAUGCACCAUGUCUCUGAUCUUCCAAAUGUGGUCAGAAUCAAGGAAGCUUAUGAGGAUUCCGAGUCAGUUCAUUUGGUGAUGGAGCUUUGUGAAGGUGGAGAGCUGUUUAACAGAAUUAUGGACAAAGGUCCUUUUACUGAGAAGAAGGCUGCAAGUUUGAUUAAGACCAUAGUUGAAGUUAUGGAAGGUUUCCAUUCUCUUGGGGUGAUUCAUAGAGAUCUUAAGCCAGAGAAUUUCUUGUUUGUGAGUGAUGAUGAGGAUGCUGCCCUCACAGCUAUUGAUUUUGGGUGGUCGGGUUUUUAUGAGCCUGGUGAUAUACUCUGCGAUGUGGUGGGGACUAUACAAUACGUUGCACCGGAGGUAUUGGACGAACGUUAUGGCCCAGAGGCAGAUAUAUGGAGUGCUGGAGUGAUAUUAUACGUUUUACUCUGCCGUGAAUAUCCAUUUUCUGCAGAUGAUGAACUUGCGACUGCCAAGCAGAUCAAAGACGGGCAUUUGGAUCUUGAGUCAGGCCACUGGCUAUCGAUUUCUGAUAAUGCUAAAGACCUAAUACGUAACAUGCUAAAUGUUGAUCCAGAGAAAAGAUUUACACCUCAUCAAGUUCUCUGUCAUGAAUGGAUCGUUGAUGCCACUGGAGAUGCUCCUAAGAAACCUUUGGAGUCUGCUGUUUUAUCACGACUGAAGGGGUUCUCAUCAAUGAACAAAUUGAAGAAAAUGGCCUUGAGAGUUAUCGUGGAAUGGAUGUCAGAAGAAGAGCUAGCGGGACUAAAGAAAUUCUUCAAAAUGUUCGACACAGACAAUAGUGGGACGAUAACAUAUGAUAAGCUCAAGCAGGGUUUGAGAAAAUUAGGCUCGGAUCUGAUUGAUUCUGAGAUCCAGGCUCUCAUGGACGCGGCUGAUCUAGACAACAAUGGCACAAUAGACUGUAAUGAAUUUCUCGCUGCGACACUUCACCUGAAUAAGCUGGAUAAAGAGGAGAACUUGAAAAAAGUAUUCUCCUUCUUUGACAUAGAUGGGAAUGGUUAUAUCACCGUUGACGAUAUCUUGCAAGUGUGUAGAGGUUUUGGUCUUGGUGAUGUUAAUCCUGAAGAAAGACCAAAUAAAUUGACCAAAACAUUGAAAUGAUGAGAAAGGGAGCUGCAGGAAAUGAUGUCUUGAAAGAUGCAGACCACUAAAUAACUUUGGGCAGACAUGGUACAAAUAGGAAUUCAUAAUGUAGUAUGUGAACUUUUAAGAAGACCUGCAGCUUGGUAUUUUGAUGAGUUGCUGUGGAGGAGAGUUUUGGGUAAUGUGCCAUGUGUAACUAGUUAAUUUCAGUGGCUAGAGAUGGAAACUGCUUACAGGAAUUAAUGUCAGCUAUACUACAUGAUGUACAGAAUACUGUCGUGACAAUAUUUUACAGCUAAUUGAAGUGAACUAAGAAUAGCGAAACUGCACUUUGCAUUGAAUCUAAGUUGUAUGUAUGGAGACAGGUACUGGUAG